AUGUCUGCCACACAACUUCUCAACCCGAAGGCGGAAUCAAGACGGAGAGGGGAAGCGUUGAAAGUAAAUAUCAGCGCUGGAGAGGGUCUUCAGGAUGUUUUAAAAUCGAAUUUAGGCCCUUCUGGGACUAUUAAAAUGCUCGUUGAUGGCGCUGGCGGGAUUAAACUUACAAAGGAUGGAAACGUGUUGUUGCGUGAAAUGCAAAUUCAAAAUCCCACGGCGGUCAUGAUUGCGCGCGCAGCAACGGCACAAGAUGACAUUACGGGUGACGGCACCACCUCUGUGGUCCUUUUGGUUGGAGAGCUCCUUAAGCAGGCAGAUCGACAUAUAUCAGAAGGUCUCCAUCCGCGCGUGAUAACAGAUGGGUAUGAAAUCGCUAAGGCCGAGUCCCUGAAGUUCCUAGACUCGUUUAAGCUUGACCGAGAAAUCGAUAGAGAGCUUUUGCUCUCUGUUGCUCGAACGUCCCUCUCCACAAAGCUCAAUAAGUCGUUGGCGGAGCACUUGACGCAGCCAAUUGUUGACGCAGUUCUGGCAAUUUACCACCCACCUGAAAAACCCGAUUUACACAUGAUCGAAAUUAUGAAAAUGCAACAUCGCACUGCGUCUGAUACCCAACUUAUUCGGGGACUAGCCUUAGACCAUGGAGCAAGGCAUCCAGAUAUGCCAAAACGGGUAGAAAACGCUUUUAUUUUGACUCUUAAUGUUAGUCUUGAGUAUGAGAAAUCCGAAAUCAACUCGGGGUUCUAUUAUUCUAGUGCAGAGCAGAGAGAUAAACUCGUGGAAAGCGAACGAAAGUUCGUAGAUUCUAAAUUAAAAAAGAUUGUCGAGCUUAAAAAAGCAGUCUGCGGAAAUGACCCUAAGAAAGGGUUUGUCGUCAUCAAUCAAAAAGGCAUUGACCCUUUGAGUUUGGAUGUUCUUGUCAAGAAUGGUAUUUUUGCACUACGUCGAGCAAAGAGGCGGAAUAUGGAACGGUUACAGCUCGUCUGUGGGGGCACUGCACAGAACAGUGUUGAUGAUCUCACCCCAGACGUUCUUGGCUGGGCUGGCCUUGUAUAUGAACAUCAGCUUGGUGAAGAGAAAUAUACAUUUGUUGAGGAGGUCAAGGAUCCUAAAUCUGUUACACUAUUGAUUAAAGGACCAAAUCAGCACACAAUUGCACAGGUUACUGAUGCAGUCCGUGAUGGCCUUCGAUCAGUAUACAACACUAUUGUGGAUAAAUGUGUGGUUCCAGGUGCUGGGUCUUUCCAAGUUGCAUGCGCCGCUCAUUUGAUGUCGGAAACUUUCAAAAAAUCUCUUAAAGGCAAAACAAAAUAUGGGGUCGGAGCUUUUGCUGAUGCUCUUUUGGUCAUCCCGAAAACCCUAGCUGCAAACUCGGGUCACGAUAUUCAAGAGUCUCUCGCUGCUUUACAGGAUGAACAUAUUGAUGGGAACGUUGCAGGUCUUGACUUGGCAUCAGGACAGCCUAUGGACCCUGUCCAAUUGGGGGUAUUUGAUUCUUACCGAGUUUUACGCAAUUGCAUUGCAUCAAGUGCAGGUAUUGCGUCCAAUUUACUACUCUGCGAUGAACUCCUAAAGGCUAGGCAAAUGGGAAGGCAGGGUGGCCCUGGAGGCAUGGACGAGCAAUAA